AUGUUGAGCAACAGUCGAUAUCGCUAUCCAAUUGUUCGACAACCGCAGCCACGCCAAACAAACUGGAAACUAUGGGCUGGCAUUAUUGGCUGCAUAGUCAUAUUGCUUAUCAUUGGCGCGAUUGCUCUUGCACUUGGGCUGGGGCUCGGUCUCGGUCUUCGAAAGUCAUCAGACUCGUCGUCUAGUAGCAGCAGUAGUACUAGCGUGCUUUCCGCACCAUCAGUUUCCUGUACGUAUGGUGGUUCGGCAACAUGUGGUUGUGCAUCCAUUCAACCGUCAUUUGCCUCAUCAAGAAUUAUCAAUGGUUACUCUGCAGUUGCCAAUUCAUGGCCAUGGACUAUCAUUCUUUAUUAUAAUAAUGCUCAACGUUGUGGUGGUUUUCUUGUGACCUAUCAACAUGUUGUUACUGCUGCUCAUUGCGUUUAUGGUUUAACACCUUCUUCAAUACAGAUCUAUGCCGGUGUACAUUCACUUUCAUCAUCGCCAUACAAACAAUAUCGUACUGUUACAUCAAUGCAAGUGCAUCCGAGCUACGAUUCAUCUAAGUAUACGAAUGAUAUUGCCGUUUUGAAGCUUGCAUCGAGCUUUAAUACAACUGCUUAUGUUGGUCUAUGUUGCCUGACAUCAGAUACUUCGUUACCGGCUACCGGUGAUAAUGCUGUCAUCGUGGGAUGGGGAACAACAAGUACGUCGAGUAUAGUUAUUCCGGAUACUUUGCAACAAGCUGUCAUUCAAGUAAAAUCUGCCUCGAGUUGUGGUAUAACGUCAACGUCAAAUAUUCAAUUCUGCGCCGGCUAUACAAAUACGGAUACAUGUCAAGGUGAUAGUGGUGGUCCACUGAUGACUGCGGUGAAUAACUCAUGGACAUGUACGGGUGUAGUCAGUAGUGGAGUUGGUUGUACCGGUUCGGGUUUUUAUACUCGAGUAUCAUACUACAGAUCAUUUAUUUCUACUUAUGUUGCUAGUUUGUAA